AUGUCGUCGACGCCGCGCGCGACGGAGGCGAGCGCGGCGCUGGAGAUGUUUCACGCGCGCGAGCUGUCGCGCGAGGCGCGCGCGAAGAUCGAACUGCUCGAGCGGCGGCUGACGACGUCGGAGCGAGCGACGCCGCCGAGCGCGUCGCGGGAGACGGGGAGAAGCGCGCGGGCGCGCGCGGGCGCGGAGCGGUGCGCGAUGGAGGACAGCGCGAGCGAUUCGAGCGAGGACGAGGGAGGCGGGACGCGCGCGUACGGCGUGGUGGACGCGCGGGCGAACGCGUCGGAGGGGAAGGCGUCGACGGUGCGAGCGGAGGGCGUCGGCACGGGGGCGAGCGGGAACGGAGGGAAGAAGACGACGAAACGGAGACGGCGGGAGUCGGCGACGGCGAGCGAUCUGGAGAAUGAAAAUCCGGAGCGGGGAGGGGCGAGCGGAGGGUUGGCGCGGUCGAGACGACAUCCGGGGGGGAAGACGGCGAGCGCGCGCACGCCCGAGGCCAACGUCUCUCUGCUCGAUCGGUUUGAAAAUACUGGAUCAGGGUUUAAGACGAGCUCGCCGCUCGUGGAAGCGAUGACGACGCCCGGGAAAGGGACGGCGGGUGGCGAACGCGAGGCGGCGGCGACGAAGAUUCGAGCGCUCGAGGAAAAGUUGGCGGCGACGGAAAAAGAGCGCGAGGA